AUGGCUCCAAACCCAGCCCCUUCAAAGCAUGAGCUUAUCUAUGACAUGAUCCACAGUGGAGAACUAUCUGUAUCGCAGAUGGCACAAGCUGCCGGCUGCAGCAAGCAUCCUGAGAAUCUCUUCCAAUAUACGGCUAAGCUCUAUGCGAUCACCUGCUCGAAAAGCCCAACCUAUAUCUUGACGAGAUGGGGAUUUUUUCCAUGGGACGAAUUCGAUGUCCAAGCAACAAAAUCUAGCAUCAGCCGCGCUCUUGCAUCGAAAGGCUGGUCAAAAAAGACUGCGCGCGUCAAGGCUAGAGAGCGCAAUAAAGACCUACGUGAUGAGUACUUUCACUUUAUCUCAGAUUUCCAUUCGUAUCACCUUGUCUACGUGGAUGAAUCUGGAUGUGAUAAAAGAAUAGGCUUCAGGCGAACGGGUUGGUCCCCACUAGGAACGACACCAGUUCAAGUGUCCAAAUUCCAUCGUGAUCAACGAUAUCAGAUACUGCCUGCAUACGCUCAAGAUGGCAUUGUUUUCUCUGGAGCGUUCCAAGGUUCGACUGAUGCAUCCUGUGUUGACGUGGUAGGAGCAAGGGAGGAGAGCGCCCAGGGACACUUCCGGCACGCAGGCCUAACCGUUGAGGUAUAG